CCUAUAUUCCAAGCAAAGCGCAGCAGAGACUAGCUACUCAGAGAUGGCAGCAUUGGUGAGAGAAACAGUAGAGGAAAAUGCUGUUGAUGGAUUAGAAGCCAACAGCUACUUCAAAAACUCUCUCUACCAGAGACUAGCUGCAAAUGUCACAAUGGAUAUAAUAAAUGAAGCAAUCACCAAGAAGCUAGAUGUAAAAUCCUUCUCAUCCACUUCUAAUAAUACAAUCUGUGUUGCUGAUUUUGGAUGCGCAGUUGGUCCAAAUACUUUUAUCUCUUUGCAAGCUUUGAUAGAUAUAAUAAAAAAGAAGUAUCUAUCCCAGUUUCCUAACGAACCCAUGCCCGAAUUCCAAGUGUUCUUUAAUGAUAUGCCUUCAAAUGAUUUCAAUACACUCUUCAGAUCUCUCCCAUCAGACAGGGAAUACUUUGCAGCAGGGGUUCCAGGUUCUUUUCAUGGACGAGUGUUCCCCAGUUCUUCCCUCCAUGUUGUGCAAUCCAAUUACGCACUCCAUUGGCUCUCUAGGGUACCAGAAAGUUUGGAAGACAAGAACUCUCCUGCCUGGAACAAGGGGAAGAUUCACUAUGCAGGGGCCUCAGAUGAGGUGCUUAAAGCAUAUGCAGAAAGAUGGGCUGAAGACUUGAAUAACUUCCUGAAUGCAAGAGCUGAAGAGAUAAUGCCUGGAGGGACGCUUAUAGUUAUCAUGCCAAGUAUCCCUGAUGGAAUGCCUUAUUCUGAACUUGCAAAUGGCAUAUUGUACAGUUGUUUCGAAUCCAUCCUCCUUGACAUGGCUAAAAAGGGAACAAUAAGUGAAAAGCAAGUGGAUGCCUUCAACUUGCCAAUUUAUGCUGCAACUCCAGGAGAAUUUGCGGCUGCGGUGGAAAAGAAUGGCUAUUUCAACAUUGAAGCCAUAGGACUAACAAAUCCAGCUCCUUGGCUAACAGAUACAAUGCACGUUGAAAUGAAAGAAUAUGUGAGGCACAUUAGGGCUCCAAUGGAAGGAAUGUUCACCAAACAUUUCCCAGAAGAAAUUGUGGAUGAAAUAUUUGAGGAGUUACUGGUAAAUCAACUUCCGAAAGUCUUCGCCAAAAUGGAAAGAGCUUACAAGGAUAAAAUUCAAUCUCACUAUGUGCUUCAACGCAAAUGAAUUAAUUUUGUGCUGGUUAUGUGUGAUAAGUAUAAUAAAUAAAUGAUAAAAAUAAUUGAUGCGAGUAUGGAAAAAUAAGGUUGUGGCAUAGUUCUUGAACACAAGUUAUUUAUAAGUUUGCAUCAAUAAUAAAAAUUUUACAUAAUAAAUUACUCUCUCCAUCAUAGAAAUUGUGGAUGAAAAAUUCGAGUAGUUACUGUUAAAUCAAUUUUCAACGGUCUUCAACAAGAUGGAAAGAGCUUACAAGAACAAUAUUUAUUUUUACUAAGUGUUUCAAUGCAAAUGAAUUAAU